AUCCGUGCGGCAAUGCGAGUGAUCUAUCCAAGGGAGACCCCAUGGGUGUGGGCUAAAUCGCGUGUGUAUUUGCGCGAGCUCAUCCGAAAAUACGUCCCGGAACUUCAACAAAAGAUCGAUCGUAUCUCGCCGUACGGAGCUUAUUUGGCUCAAGGACAAAAAAUGUUCAUGAAACUUUACAGUUGGGAAAAUCGACUAAUGUCUUUUAUGUUCCUGGUGGGCAUGUGGGUCGGCAUCCUAUUUGUACAGCCCUAUAUGAUUAUGGGCGGAAUGAUGUUCGGAUUCGCCGCGUGUUGGUUCCUCACGAUGGACUGGUUCAAAAGUCGUGCACGACACCGCUUAUCACUCCCGUCGGCGGAGGAAAGUGAAGAGGAUGAUUACGAGGAAUACCUGAACAAUGAAGAAUUUUUGGAUGAGGACCUGGAUUCGGAACCGGAAGAGCAGGAUCAGAAAUCCAAGCAUGGUCGGAAAAAGCCACUGAAAUUCAAGCUGGAAAAAGCGCGUGAAGUUUUGGGAACAUUGCAAUCCGCCAUGGAAACUGUAGCCUCGAUCUUAGAAAAGAUUGACUGGUGA